GCCUCCUCUUUAGGGAAAAAAACAAAAUCUAACCUCUUACCUUGGUGUAAGAAAAGAAAACUAUGGCGUAUAUAUAAAUCCCUGCGGCGGAAAGGCAUUUUUCCCACACUUUUUCCUCCUCCCAACUUUUCCCACCAUCUCUCUCGUCCGUCUCUUUCCGGUCAUCCUCCGCAGCUGGAGAGAGCGAGAAAGAGAGAGGACUCUGGGCGGUGUUUGGCCUAAAGAAACCCUGGAAAUCUUGCCUCUUCUUUUCCGCGUUCUUUCUCUCGACUCCAUGGAAUACGUCCAUUCCUCAGAUAUACCUUAAAAAUAUCAUGGGGAAGCUUCACAGUUAAAAAGAGGAAACAUGAACGGUCAAAGAAAACACAAAGGGGGCUCUUACGGUCUAUGUUACUUUAUGCUAUUCUGUAUUGGGCCAGCAUAGUCUGAUAUGCAUGGAACUGGGGUAUGUAUCGCUGUACCAUGCUAAUGUCGAGCCAGAGUGCUAUUUACUGGCAUUUUAAACCGUGUGUGGAACAUCUGUGAUCCCAUAUUCAUAUAACAUAUGGAUUGUUGAGAAGGCAAGUACCGUAUAUAUUGUAUAGCACAUGCACAUAUGGACAAGCUGAUAUGUUGAAAAAAUAAUAAGGCACACAUACAACUUGUUCACCACAAUUUUGUAAAAUAAUGAUUCAAGUUACCACUUUAUAGGUUCCUAGAGACACCUAUAUCUCCUUUUGGUGUGAUUUUGCUGGUAUGACUGCUUCACCAACUCUCAGAAGAAGUGGAAUCAUGAGUAGCCUGAUCAGUGCUAUCUCAACAGAAAGUGAUUGAAGCGACUGGCAGUUUUUAUUCUUUCUAACAUACAUCUUAUACAAUGAGAACAAGUCUGAUUUUGUGCUUCAAUGAAUUCGCUUCACAUAUGCAAACAGUACUUUAUGGAUCCUCAAAGCAUGGCAGAAGUACAGCCAGCAUCACAAGUUUCAUAUGAAUUCCAAGGUAACCAGCAAAACCCUCCAACUAUGGAGGCUUCUGGAGUGGACUCAGGUUCAGCAUCCAUUGCAAGCAGUGAUAACAGAAAAGUUUCUUGUGAAGAUAUUGAACUUGUGAGAUGGCCCAUUAUAAGUUUCACUUUUCCGUUCUCUCAUUAUUUUACAUGCUUGCCUUGUUACUCUAUCUCUUUAUUGCAGGUUCAGAAUUUGAUAGAGCGUUGUUUGCAAUUGUAUAUGAACAGAGAGGAAGUGGUUAGGACCCUUUCCGAUCGUGCUAGAAUAGAACCUGGUUUUACAACACUAGUAUGGAAGAAACUGGAAGAAGAAAACUCUGAGUUUUUCAGAGCUUAUUAUAUAAGGCUUAAACUGAAAAAACAGAUCAUCUUGUUCAAUUAUUUAUUGGAGCACCAGUACCAUCUGAUGAAGUACCCUGUGUCACCUAAGGUUCCACUGGUUCCAGUACAAAAUGGGAUUCACCCUAUGCAGGUUAACAAUUUACCUAUGGGGUACCCAGUUCUUUGGCAACCUCCAAUGCCAACUAUUGGCCAGCCUCAUGUUGAUCCUAUGGGUUGUGGACUGUCCAGCUGUCAUGUAGUUAAUGGAGUUCCAGCUUCAGGCAGUUUUCAUCCAAUUCAUAUGAAUUCCGGCAAAGGCAUUGCGACGGACAGUGGUGCACCUGAAGCAGCUCCUGCUGUUCCAUGUCGUGCUACGUUGUCGGUCUCAGAGACUGCAGCGGGUCCUGCAUCAGUGGCAUUGAGAAAUCAUUUUCCUUUCACUCCAUCUGAGUUAUCAGGAAUGAGCAUGGAUGCAUCUACACUCGAUACCAAUUUCACAUCUGACGUAGCAAACACAGGAAUGUUGCAGCUAGGACCAGAUGGUGAGGUUGGAUCCUCCAGGGACUCCCUCAGAUCAGUAGGACAACUUUGGAAUUUCAAUCUUACAGAUCUAACUGCAGAUUUCACAAAUCUGAGAGAUCUUGGGGCUCUGGGAAGCUACACUGGCUCACCGUUCCUGCCAUCAGACUCUGACAUCCUGCUUGACUCUCCAGAACAAGAAGAUAUAGUUGAGGAAUACUUUGCCGAUGCCAUCACUGAGCCCUGCUCUCAGUCAGAUGAAGAGAAUCAUACGGAACUGAAUUGACCCUGCCAUUUUGCCGACUUCACUUUCUAGGAUAGACUGAUUACAAGUAGAUGGCUUGGCCAUAUCUAUAUAUGAGACGUUAAAGUUGAACGAUUUUCAGUGUGCCUUGGUGGGUCGUAGUAUCAUGUCUUGGUUUAUGGCGGAAGGCAGUUGCUGGUCUUCCAAUAAUGUUAUCAAAUUUUGCAGUGGAGCUUCUGAACAACAGUAGAGAGAAGAUCAAAGAAUCAAUUGCUUCACUAUUGUUGGAACAAUCAAAUAACCACCUCUGAAAUAAUAGGUUAGUGGCAUUAGGGCCUUGAGUAACAAUUAAUAAUUGAGUUCUUGCCUG